ACAUGUUUACUAAAAAAGGCUAAAACAGACAAUAAGAUUGAAGCUGAUGAUAUUGUUUACAAUAGAAUAAUGCUUGAAGAGCUUCGUAUCAAUAUUAAUAAUAUUGAUAAUACAAAGCUUGGAAUUAUCACAGAUAUCUUUUAUGAAACUUUUUCUGGUAUUCAUGAUAAAAACCCAACUUUUACAAGAACUAUUCUUUUCCUUUUAUUAUCUGUUGGGCAGCAAGCUAAUAGAAAUGAAACAUCAAAAGCCAGUACUGCAGGUGGAUUUGAAAGGAAUAACAAUGAUAGCAGUAAUGCUUAUAGUGGCAAAAGCAAUGACAGAAGUGCCAAUGAUAAUUAUAGUAAUGAUAGUAAGGGUGAUAGUUAUAACAGUAGAAGUAGUAGUAGAGAUAACAAUAAUAACAAGAAUGGAAAUAGUAAUUAUGAUAGUAAAAUUAUUACAAUCAACUUUGUAGCAAUAGCAAAAGAUAAAGAACAAAAUCGUACUCAAAAAUUUUUUAUUGUUGUUAAGUUUUAUGCAAAAUUUGAUGACUUAAAUAAAAAAUAUCCAAAGUUUGCUAUUAAUAUUGAUGUAGUUGAGUGUAAAACAGAUUAUAUUUUGCUUUUAAAUAAAAAGGUUAGUUAUAGUGAAUAUUUAAAAACUGUCAAACAACAAGCUUGUUUGGGAAUCAGCAAUAUACCAAAGGCUGAAGUUCAAUUUGAGUCUGGACUUCAUAAGGUUGAAGAAAAGAUU